GGCCGGCUGGGACCAUGGCGACGCAGGCGAAGCGCCCGCGGGUGGCGGGGCCGGAGGGCGGAGGCGGCGACGCGGAGCCUGUGGCUGGCUUCCUGAGCUGGUGCCAGCAGGUGGGACUGGAGCUGAGUCCUAAGGUGGAAGUGAGUCGGCAGGGCACCGUGGCCGGCUACGGCAUGCUGGCGCGGGAGAGCGUGCAGCGCGGGGAGCUGCUGUUCGCGGUGCCGCGGAGCGCGGUGCUGUCGCAGCACACCUGCUCCAUCGGCGGCCUGCUGGAGCGAGAGCGAGGCGCCCUGCAGAGUCAGUCGGGCUGGGUGCCGCUGCUGCUGGCGCUGCUCCACGAGCUACAGGCUCCAACCUCACGCUGGAGGCCCUACUUUGCGCUCUGGCCUGAGCUGGGCCGCUUGGAGCACCCCAUGUUCUGGCCGGAGGAGGAGCGCCGGCGGCUGCUGCAGGGCACUGGAGUGCCCGAGGCUGUGGAGAAGGACCUGGCCAACAUCCGCAGCGAGUACCAUUCCAUCGUGCUGCCCUUCAUGGAAGCCCAUCCUGAUCUCUUCAGCCCCAAGGUCCGCUCCCUGGAGCUCUACCGCCAGCUCGUGGCCCUGGUGAUGGCCUACAGCUUUCAAGAACCACUGGAGGAAGAGGAGGAUGAGAAGGAGCCAAACGCCCCUUUGAUGGUGCCAGCAGCAGACAUUCUAAACCACUUAGCCAAUCACAAUGCCAAUCUAGAAUAUUCUGCAAAUCAUCUUCGGAUGGUGGCCACUCAGCCCAUUCCUAAAGGCCAUGAGAUUUUCAACACUUAUGGACAAAUGGCCAAUUGGCAGCUGAUUCACAUGUAUGGCUUUGUUGAACCGUAUCCUGACAACACAGAUGACACAGCUGACAUCCAGAUGGUCACCGUUCGUGAAGCAGCAUUACAGAGAGUGAAGGUGGAUGCUGACCGGCUGCUCCUGUGUGAGCGCUGGGAUUUCCUGUGCGAACUGGAGAUGGUAGGGGAAGAGGGAGCCUUCGUGAUCGGGCGGGAAGAGGUGCUGACGGAAGAGGAGCUGACCACCACGCUAAAGGUACUGUGCAUGCCUGCUGAGGAAUUCAGAGAAUUUAAAGACCGGGAUGGAUGGAGAGAUGAUGAAAGGGAAGAAGACACCCUGACACUCAAAAAUAUCUCCAAGCUCAAGGCGCCAUGGAAGGAGCUCCUUCGGGACAGUGUGGUGCUGACCCUGCAGACGUACGCCACAGACUUACAAAGUGAGCAGGAUUUACUCGGCAAUGAGGAGCUCUACACCCAGCUCAGCUCGCGGGAGCAGCAGGCCCUGCAGGUCCGUUAUGGUCAAAAGAUGAUCUUACACCAGCUGCUGGAAGUGACCAGUUAGAGUAAGCAGUAAGAACUGUUUUUAAGCUGAUAAUCAUUGUUGCUUUAAAGUUUGAAUCUUUCAACUUUCUUAUUAAAUACCAGAAGAAAAGUCAGCAAAGGUGUGCUAGGUGAUGGUUCUGAUUGGGAACAGCAUGCUUUGGAAUGAUUAGCUUAAC